CACUUUGAUGAUUCAUAAUUUGAGGUUAUGUUAUAUAAAUUUAUAACUUUGUUUUGUACACAAAAAUGAUCUCAACUUUCUAAACCGCAACAUAAAUACAAAAAAUGCAUUCCGACAUCUCAUUCUCAUUCUUUAAGUGUAGAAAAUUCGAACGUCUCUGACAAUCCACGAAAAAUGGAAAACAUCUUUGAGGAGCUGGGUGUACCAAAAAAAUACCUCAAACACACGAACAAAGAGGGCUGCUUCGUGGCACUAGUGCAUAAAUUAUGGCUCAAGUCGCUGGUGAAAUACUCGAAACUGACCGAAUUCACGGAAAGGGGGCGUUUCGAAUCCUGGCCAGUAAACGACGACGAAUUGGGCUCGUCGUGGACGAAAAUAUUCGUUUCGGUUUUUAAGAAGCGCGACGUAAACGUGAUUCCUCUUCCACGCAUUCGGACUCUAGUCAGAGACGACCCCCCUUUAUUAUUCUGCCAGUUAAUGCAAUACAUUCACCAAACCAACUACAAAAACUUGUGGAAAGAAGCGUACAAGAAGUACAAUUGUAAAACCGAAAUGAACAAAGAGACUCAGAUUAAUCUUGUGGAGUACAAUGAUGUUUUAAGGGAGAUAAUCACGAGAAUUUAUGGGUGUCCGAUAAUCAAUGUUUGUGAUUCUCGAACGAGUCCGGAAGCAUCGAAGCCUUUCGACGUUCACUUGAACAUCCUGCCUGCAGGCUGCGCCGUAGAAACCUUAAACGCAAUAUUUGUCCUACAUGUACCGUUUCUGGAACAUAACCUCAAAGACUGCGUGACUUUCAGUCCGGCAAUUCUGAAUAAGUGUUACGCCAAAUCGUUGUUUAUAAUCUACCAGUUGUUACAAACGUUGAAGUCAAUGCAUGAUCGCAGCCUCACACUGGGUGAUAUUUCUCUGAGUGAUAUUUACCUGACUGAAGAUAUGUGGAUUUAUAUAAUCCCGAGCAUCCAGUCGAACAUUUACGUCCAAGAAAUCGCUAAAACUGAUGCGAAAAGACACAUUCCUGACUGCCGCAAGAACGGCCACAAAUUUGACUUAAACCUAAAGUGUGAAAGCUGUGGUAUGAAAACUUAUGAUAAAGUCCAAGUUUCGAACGAAAGUUUGCAGGAGCUGUGCCAAUUGUGGGUGGAAGGGCAGAUUUCGAACUUUACGUAUAUUUCGGCGUUAAAUAAGCUCUCGGGGCGCAAACUCGGCGACCCAAAUUGCCACCACGUGUUUCCGUGGGUCACGGAUUUUGCGUCACGGUGUGGGAAGAACUGGCGCGAUUUGAAAAAAUCGAAGUACCGGAUUAAUAAGGGGGACAGGCAGCUGGAUCUCACGUACGACAACCCCCAGUCUCAAGUGGCUCAUCAUGUGUCGGAUGUGCUAUCUUCGAUUACGUACUAUGUGUACAUGGCGAGGAGAACCCCGAAGUCGGUUCUUUGCAAGAACGUGAGGACCGUGUGGGUUCCUGCGGAGUACCCGAGUUCGAUCCAGAGGAUGCAGGAGUGGACUCCAGAUGAGUGCAUCCCGGAGUUUUUUACAGAUGCGGGGGUUUUUCGGAGCAUCCAUGACGAUUUGGAGGAUUUGGAGGUUCCGGGGUGGUGUUCGGGCCCGGAGGAUUUUAUUGAAAAGCAUAGGGAGGCGCUGGAGAGCGUGCACGUGUCGGAGAGGUUGCAUCAUUGGAUUGACCUAACCUUCGGCUACAAACUCGCCGGAAACGCGGCCAUCAAAUCCAAAAACGUCUGCCUUCACCUCGUAGACGACCACAACAAACUAAUGAAAUCCGGCAUCGUCCAACUCUUCACCUACCCCCACCCUCCUCGCGCCGCCGCCUCUCUUUUCUGGAACAAAACCCCUCCCAAAAUCUACAUAACCAAACCCACUAAACAAAAACGCGACCGCAGCAACUCCCCAGGGAUGGCCCUCGAAGCCAAAACCGACGACGAAGAGAUCGAAGACGUUCCAAACUCCAACCGGUCACCCUUGGGUCUUUCGCGCCUUCUUUCCAGAAGUCGCUCCUCUCUGAACGAAGAACCCAAUCAAAAACCCACCAAAAACCCAGCCAACCAAAGAAGUUCAAGCCUAGGACCCAAAAACCCCACUUUCACGUCGCACAUUAACGCUAAAUCUAGAGCCGGUUUAGUAGUACCUAGUUCGAGUAUGAGCACCGGAAUUAUAUACUUGCCGAAAGAGUACAAACCCGAGCAGAAUCUAGAGAAUUUGGAAAAAAGACACUCCUUCUUUUCAAAGACGUUUCACGUAGAGGAAAAACGGGCGAAGUGUGUGGAAGCCGAAGGAAGAAGCGCCGCUGAAGAAAUCGACGAGUACGUGGUACAAAACGCGUUUACGAAUCUCAUCUUCAGCGAAAACUUUGAAGAGAAGGUGCGGUUUAAUCGGAUCAAGUCGUUGACGUACCCUUUGGACAGUCAGAAUUUCCGGAGCAAGCCUGUUCAGAGGAACGAGAAUCAAAUUGUUUGUAACUAUUCGGAUAUUAUUUCGGCGAGACGCAUCAGGGAGCUGCAGAUUUUGGGGUGUUUGAUUGUGGAGAUCUUCAUGGCGAAGCAACUGCGAGCUUUGGGUGCCAACGAUUCGAAUUUGUCGUUCAAUGAGCGUUUGAGGGCGUGCUUGACCGUCGUGAGGAGUUGCAAAUUUGAUCUUCCAUCGUGUAUUUCGUACAUCGUGCACUUGUUACUCCAACCGGAUACCAUGAAUUUCAAGGAAUUUAAAUAUCCGUCCGUUACUGAUCUCGGGUUGCCACCACCAAGCGCCCAUUUGCUUUUGGAGCCUCUUCUUCACUGCGUUAUCCCGUUUCCGAGGCUUUUUCCUAAUCUUUAUCACGUUAUUUCGAGUUUGAAAGAGUUCAAAAAUGUCGCUGUGGAACUCGGGGUUUUGUACCAUUUCGACUGCAAUGGUGAGAUGUGUGCGGAAUAUGAAAGUCUAGAAAGGACGAAAAUUCUUUUCGCCCAGAACAUCGGAGAAUGUAAAGUAAAAACGUGUGCUAAACACUUGGAGGUGUUAUUGGAGGAGCUAUACACAACUACGGAUACAGAAAUCGUGAACAUCCUCCUCCCACACAUUAGGGAGUUGAUCGAAGACCCUCCGACUUCCGUUCUGGCAGCUUGGUACUUAUUCGAUCCAUUCUCCCGAGUUCUAGGACCCCAAAGAACCUCAGAAACCCUCCUGGAUUCCAUUUUGAAACUCUACGAAAACGAACCGAACGAAAGUACUCUACCCUACUACGGCAAAAUCGCCAAGUUGUAUCAUCACAGUUUCCUCUUGCGACUGAUGGUGAGGUUAGGUUUGAAAUGCUUCCUCGACAACUUCACAGCACCUUUGGUCGAAGCCGUCGGUCGAUACAAAGAUUACGAAAAAGUCGAUUUCAUCCUCCACACGCAUUCAGAGAAGUUCGUUAAAAAAACAUCCCAUCUGAAGACCAUGGACAACGAACACGUCGACGCUUCCGCAAGCGACGACUCAAGCGUUUCCUCCGAGAAGCGCCCAACACCCAAACAAGAAUCCAAGCAGGUUUCCGAACCCGAAGUUUUCGAGUUCGAAGACGACAAACAAAACGAAGAACAACUCAAGUCGUUGAUGGAACACUUGGAGUUGAAUGUGGCUUCAGACUUACCCUUCAACCAUUCAACGGCGGAGGAAGCCCUCGAUGCCACGAUUACGGAAAAUCUAGAUCAGUUGCGAAGCCUGGAGGAGUUGAAUAUGAAUUUGAGCGAAGAUGACGACGGUAAGGGGGCUUGCUCCCCCACGAUUCCUAUUCCGAGCGGGAAAGACUUCACCAACAUCAGUUGCGAGAUCGGUAGCAAGAAAAGCGACUCGAUUCACUUCGAGUUGGUGUUGGAUUCACCCAGUUCUGCCAACUCGGAGGCCAAAAAAGGUCCCGCAGUGCCAAAAAGCAGGAAACAAGAUGCCAAAAUAUCCGAUAUGAGUUCUGAUAGUUUGAUUUGGUUGUCUCAUCGAUUGGGACCGGUGUUGACGGCGAGGUAUUUGUCGCGAAAUUUAUUGAAGAUGUUGACUUUGUGUUACGUGGGGCGGGAAAAUCUGACGGCGGUACCUAAGGAUGAAGGGGUAAAGGAGGUCGAAUCGAUUUCGGUUGUUUCGAGCUAUGUGCAGGGAGAUCAUAAUGCGUCGAAGGUUCUGGAGUGUUUGACGAGUAUAGCAGGUUUGUACGGCGAGCAGUUGAUUUUGUUUCAAUAUAUACCUCACAUGAGCGAACUGAUUGCGUUGUGUAAACGAAGAUUAACACCCAACUUGGAAGGAGGACUGAUUUCAUGUUUGGCACUUUUGCAGCAUGUUAUACCGUAUUUGUCCGAUUCGACGCUGAUGGACCAGUUACAAGACGUCAUUCUAAAAAACAUAAUCCACCCAAUCGUCCGCCUCCUCUCGUCCCCUAAAUACACCUUCCCCAGCGGCUACACCGCCCGCAACGUUCUAGCUCGCAAAUACGUCGACACCUUAUACGUCCUCUCCAUCCGCAUGGGCUCCGACAUGACCCGAACCCACCUAGCCGUGCCAGCCCUCCAGAGAUUCUUCCUCAUCUUCGACAAAAUCUACGCCAACGAGGAAUCCCCAUACCCCGACGACCCCUCCCAAAAAAACCACAAACCCGAAGAAUCGCACUACUUGGAAGUGUGCAGAGACGGCUCAGUCAACGAGUGGGCCAUCGGAGGAACCCCCAUCCAAAUCUCCAACGUGCGACUCAGAAACGAAAUAGCGGACUCGCCGUCGUUGCCGCACGACGACAUAUCCGAGCAGAGCUUGGAGGAGUUGAAGGGAGUUUUCACCCCGGAGUUGGCUUACAGCGCGUAUUUACCCUUCCUGAAGCACGUCGGCGCGAGUUCGCUGGAAAUAUCGUUGAAGAACCACGCUUUGAUUAAGGACUUGUGUCAGGAGUAUGAGCAAGAGGUGAAGUUGAGUUACCCGAGUCAGAAGUUGCAAGCGUCUGAGUUCAGUCAGAAUACGAUCACUGCGUCGAGUAGUAUAGGGAGUAAUAUAGCUUUGAUUGGGAAUAGGAUUGACGUGCAGAGUGGUGACGUGGAGAAUAUCAACACCGAUGUGCUGAGUUUGGUGAGUAAUCGGCUCGAGAAUAAUAGUAGACACUUGAGGGGGAACUGGUUGGCGUAUUGGGAGCACGAAAUCGGGCGCUCGGAUAAAGACACGAUGUUUAACUUCAAACAGAUCAAGUUGCAGAGUUUCGCAGGUCACACCCACAGUGUUAAGUGUCUCUAUGUCCUAGACAACGAGAAUAGUUUUAUUUCUGGGAGUAGAGACAAGACGGUGAAGUUGUGGUCGUUGCGGAGCCAGGGUGACGGCUCGAGUGUCUCCACCUGUCAAUGGACUUACACAGCUCAUAAGAAAUCCGUUCUGUCGAUUACGUUCAUUGAAAGUAUGAGACUUGUGGCGUCUUGUGACAGUGUGGUGCACAUUUGGGAUCCAUUUAUGGGUGUCAAUGUUGGUCAUUUGGAGUCACCGAAGUUUCCACCGGUUAAUGUUUUGAAGAGCUUGCCAGCGCCAUCUAGUUUGGUGAUUGCGGCCACGACUGACGGGACUGUGAAGGUCAUCGAUACGAGGAUGUGCAGCUACAUACAGGAGUUGAAGGUGAGCCUCAACCCCGCCGGCCUAAUCCGCUGCCUGGCUGUCGCCCCCUCGGGCGCCUGGAUCGCCACCGGCCAGUCCUCCGGCACCAUCACGGUCCUGGACAGCCGCACCGGCCUAGUCAUCUCCACCUGGAAGGCCCACGAAAGCGAAGUCCUGCAGCUCGUCGCCGCCGACAACCACACCAUCAUCUCGUCCAGCCUCGACCAGACCAUCGGCGUCUGGAACGCCGGCGACGGAAAGUUCAGGUUCCACCUCAGGCUGUCUUUCGCCAGAGGUGCCACGGAACCGGUGCACUGCCUGAACGUCUACAAUAACGAACUGAUCUCGGGGACGACCGCCAACAGGAUAGGCGUCCACACGUCGAUCGACCUCGAGGCAUCGUUCUCGAGCACGAAGUUGAGGUCGGACGCCUUCAAGGGCCUGUUGACUUCGAUGGCCCUUUUACCGCUCAAUAGACUAUUGUUGCUGGGGGCGGACACGGGGGUUAUCAAUCUUUUGUGUUGAAAGGGGGGAGAGGGGCCGAUUCUUGCCAAGGAGGAAGGUAGGUUUUGUUAGAUUGUUGUGGCGUUUUUGGUUUUAGGUGGAAUGAGUUUAAAUUGAAGUUGGAAAAAGUGGGUGAGAUAUAUCAAAUUAAAAAAAAAAAAUAAACGACUACGGAUUGAGGUUAGGUUAGAAUUCAACGCUCUCUCUUUGUUUGUAAACAUCUCUGAACUAUUUUUUGUUGAAAAACGGGUGUAAAAUAGUAAAAAUCCCACUCAUUUAAUAGAAAAUUUUCUUUUUUUUUUAAAUUUGAUGUAUCAUUACAGGUUCAAUUAAGGAAGAUCGCGUGUGAUCAGAUUUCUCUUAACAUUCCAGUGCAAUUCCUUGUUUUUUUAAGGUUUUAUUUAUUGUGAUGUUAAUUUUAAUUCUUUGUUAUCAGACAAACGAACUGCGUUUGUAUAUUGAGACUAUUUUCAGGGAUAUGUAUAUUUACGGUUAAACAACUUACAGAAUUUUAUUUUAUACAAAAGUGUAAAUUUACAUACUUUAUAAAAUAGAAAUAAGUAUACACAUACAGAAUUCGUUUAGGUAAAAAAAAUAGUCACUUGUAUGAGUACGUUGGAGAUUUGCUAAGCGGUUACAGACGACCAGACUUUGAGUGAGUUUGAUCGUCUUAGGACUGCUUUAGAUUUUAUUAGUUCACAAACUUCAAACAAAAACUUGACAUAAUUGAAUUAAGUACUAAUCAAUCCAGUGGGAAUUACGUCAAGGCUAGUGUAUUUGAUUUAACAAAGUCUCCAAUAUUUUAGUAAACUUAACGUGGAAAACACUUCUAGCGUGAAUAGGACUCAAGGAAGUCACUGACUACAAAAAAGUCACUAGUCAAUUCCUUUUUUAUAUCAUAGGUGUGUUAUUUACGGCAUUAUCCAUUUCACCAUUUAGUUACAAUAACUGUACUACCAUUAUAUUGAUUUAUAAAUAGUUAUUUAUUUCCUGUUUAGUAUUAUACAGUUCCAAAGAUUUACCAUGAGUGAUGUAAUUCAUUAUGUUAAUUAUUGUGCAAAUAAAAUUUGUAAAAUCAAA